AUGUUGAAACCACUCUCCAUCGUCAGCUUUGCGAUUGUAGCCCUUGCCCAUAAUGGACACGACCAAAAGUCUCUGUCAGGCCCUCACGAGUCCUUGUGGUACAACAGGUUGCCAGGGGAUGGCGGCACGCAGGCGGACUCUGUCUUUUCCGGCAUAUCUACCUUUGGGCGUCUCCCGUACCAGCCCUGUUUGAGCUUUCGUGAUGCCAAGUAUGACAUCGCUUUCAUCGGGGCACCUUUUGAUACUGGUACCUCGUAUAGGCCUGGAGCACGGUUCGGUCCAUCAGGAAUUCGCCAGGGAUCCCGACGUUUAAAUCUAUACGGAGGUUACAAUGUCCCUCUCGCUACGAAUCCAUUUGACAGCUGGGCAACCGUACUUGACUGUGGGGAUAUACCAGUGACUUCUUACGAUAAUACCUGGGCUCUCAAGCAAAUUGAGGAAGGUCACUAUAGCAUCUUAUCGAGAACACCAGCCACAGACGCCAAGAAGGCUGGAUUUUCAAAGAAGGGGAAAACGCUUCCUCGAGUGAUUACUCUCGGCGGAGAUCAUACCAUCACCCUGCCUUUGCUUCGCUCGAUCAAUAGAGCCUAUGGUCCGGUCUCUGUGGUUCACUUUGAUAGUCAUCUCGAUACCUGGCGCCCAAAGGUUUUCGGCGGCUCUCCUUCCGAAGUCGCCAGCAUCAACCACGGAACAUACUUCUACCACGCUUCCAUGGAGGGCCUGCUGCGCAACGACUCCAACAUCCACGCUGGAAUCCGCACGACGCUCAGCGGUCCCAGCGACUACGAGAAUGAUGGGUAUUGUGGUUUCGAAAUCGUGGAAGCCCGCGAGAUUGAUACCAUCGGCACCGAUGGCAUCAUCAAGAAGAUUAUUGAGCGUGUUGGCACCACGAACCCGGUCUACCUUUCCUUGGACAUCGACACACUUGACCCAGCUUUUGCUCCCGCUACCGGUACACCUGAGACAGGCGGAUGGAGCACCAGGGAAUUGCGUACUAUCCUUAGGGGUUUGGAGGAUCUAAACCUGAUUGGUGCUGAUAUUGUUGAGGUCGCUCCUGCUUACGACACCAAUGCCGAACACACUACCAUGGCUGCAGCUGAUGCCUUGUAUGAGAUCAUGAGCAUUAUGGUCAAGAAAGGCCCAUUGAGCAAGGAGGUAGACGAAGAUGGUGAGCUCUAA